AUGGUAGAUGACAAGGAAAAGAACAUGAAAUGUCUCACCUUCUUCUUGAUGCUUCCAGAGACGGUAAAGAAUAGGUCCAAGAAAAGCUCAAAGAAGACAAAUAGUGGCGGCGGCAGCGGCAGCGGCGGCAGCAGCAGCAGCAGCAAGUUGCCCCCAGUUUGUUAUGAAAUAAUUACCUUGAAGACUAAAAAGAAGAAGAAGAUGGCUGCUGAUAUAUUCCCUCGUAAAAAACCAGCCAACUCCAGCAGCACCACUGUCCAGCAGUACCACCAGCAGAAUCUCAGUAACAACAACCUCAUUCCAGCCCCAAACUGGCAGGGUCUCUAUCCCACCAUUAGAGAAAGAAAUGCGGUGAUGUUCAAUAAUGAUUUGAUGGCAGAUGUACAUUUUGUGGUUGGGCCACCAGGUGGGACUCAGCGGUUGCCAGGACACAAAUAUGUUUUAGCUGUUGGGAGCUCUGUGUUCCAUGCAAUGUUUUACGGAGAACUUGCUGAGGACAAAGAUGAAAUCCGUAUACCAGAUGUCGAACCUGCUGCUUUUCUCGCUAUGCUGAAAUAUAUCUAUUGUGAUGAAAUUGACUUGGCUGCUGACACAGUGCUGGCCACUCUUUACGCUGCCAAAAAGUACAUUGUCCCUCACCUCGCCAGAGCCUGCGUUAAUUUCCUGGAGACCAGCCUGAGCGCCAAGAACGCCUGUGUGCUCCUCUCCCAGAGCUGUCUGUUUGAGGAGCCAGACCUGACUCAGCGUUGCUGGGAGGUGAUCGAUGCCCAGGCCGAGUUAGCUCUCAAGUCUGAGGGAUUCUGCGAUAUCGACUUCCAAACUCUAGAAAGUAUCCUCCGCAGGGAAACUCUGAAUGCCAAAGAAAUUGUGGUUUUUGAGGCAGCACUCAACUGGGCCGAAGUGGAAUGCCAGCGACAAGAUCUGGCUCUGAGCAUUGAGAAUAAGCGCAAGGUCCUGGGAAAGGCACUCUACUUGAUCCGCAUCCCCACCAUGGCCCUGGAUGAUUUUGCAAAUGGUGCUGCCCAGUCUGGAGUUCUGACUCUCAAUGAGACCAACGACAUAUUCCUCUGGUACACUGCAGCCAAAAAACCCGAGCUGCAGUUUGUGAGUAAAGCUCGCAAGGGCCUCGUUCCCCAGCGCUGUCACCGUUUCCAGUCCUGUGCCUAUCGGAGCAACCAGUGGCGUUACCGGGGCCGCUGUGACAGCAUCCAGUUUGCGGUUGAUAAGAGAGUGUUCAUUGCCGGCUUUGGGCUCUACGGCUCCAGCUGUGGCUCUGCGGAGUACAGCGCCAAGAUCGAACUCAAGCGGCAGGGCGUCGUUCUGGGGCAGAACUUGAGCAAGUACUUCUCAGACGGCUCCAGCAACACCUUCCCUGUGUGGUUCGAGUACCCGGUGCAGAUUGAGCCAGACACCUUCUACACAGCCAGCGUGAUACUGGACGGCAAUGAACUCAGCUACUUCGGACAGGAAGGCAUGACGGAAGUUCAGUGUGGCAAGGUGACUGUCCAGUUCCAGUGCUCCUCAGAUAGCACCAAUGGCACUGGGGUGCAGGGCGGGCAGAUCCCUGAACUCAUAUUCUAUGCUUGAAAACCCCUCCCGAAGCGGUGUGAGCUCUGAGGUGCACAUCUGGUUCCCACUGGCUUGAUGCUUAGCUCAUCUGCAGAGAUGUGAUCAGCGCAGGUAAUUCGUAAUGAAUGAAGCUAUAGGCAGUUUCUCAUUUCUUUCAGCCUUUUAAUUAUGUACAGGCAAAAAUGCAGCAUUCAGCUUCUAACUAUAUGCUUAAAAGAGCCAAGUUCUUAUCAAGGCUUUGUGGUUUUUAGAGUUAACGUCUAUACACCUGGAGAGAAUUUGUGCUCUUUUCCAACUGCCCCACUGACCUCCCAGUUUUGUCCCUCUUAAAACUUUCUAGAUCACCUUGAAUUUUCCUUAAGGUUUUAUUUUGACAAAUAGAAAUAAAGACUUUUAAAUAAUAAUGAAAAGAGUUAUUUUUAAAGAGAACCCCUGCCCCCCCCCCAUUACAGGUAAACCUCAGUGCACAAUUUUGAAAGAAGUUUUCCUUCGUAAUAAGUAAUAAUUUAGAAAGUAGGCAAUAGUUAUGUUUAGCUCUUAUUUUACUUCAUUUUAAAUAUUUUACUCUGGGCAUUAUUUUUUCUUAAAUCCUAAAUUCAUAAGGUUAUUAAAUGUUAAACACUGCAAAGUAUCCAUGUAAAAUAGGAGAACAGGAAAUUGGAUAUUUGCUUAGGCCAUGACUUCUACUACAACCAGGUUUUUAUUCUUUUAGUUUAGGAGACAAACCUGCAAUACAGACCCGUCUUUUAGAACUAACUAAAUUACACAUUUUUAUUGUCAAUAGGGAAAAAUCACAGGCCUAUUAAUUUAAACUAAAACAGCUUAUAAAGGAAACCUAAAAAAGUCCCAUUCUACCAAUAGUUUCUUUAAUGGCAUAAUAGAACACACCGUUUGAAAAAGCCAGUCUUUUCCCCACUUUGCUUCUGAUCCCCACUGUUUGCUUGUUUUUAUGUUAUACUGUAUGGAAUUUUUAAUCCCUUUUUCCCAUGAAAAGAGGACCAAACAAUUCUUCAGAUGUAUGGAAUAACCACUAGUUUUGUAGCACUACAUGUUAAUAUAAUAAGAUACUUUUAUUCAUUGAUUUUUCUUUUUUUUUUUUUAAUUCCAAAAUACACUCUACCUGAUCUGCUUUGACCACAUACUAUCUUCUUCGUUAAUUAUAGUUAUGUCCUGUUCCUAGACUGCUAGAAUUUGGCUUUUGGCCAUUGUAAAGUGCCAAUAUAUGCCUGCAGGGUUUUAAAAAAAAAAGGUCCU